UCCUGGACUUUAACUUGUGUAAUUAUGCGGAAGUUUGUUUUGGGAUCAAAGUGCAUUUAGUUUUCCGUUGCUGUUAAAGCUUAUUUUAUGUAUGCAGAAUGGCAAGAUACAGAGGACACGACGAGGAAAAAAAUCCGCUACUGAACGAUAGUGGAACAUUCCAACAUGAAGCCAGGCAAUCCAAAGAAUCCAUUAAAAAGUUUAGAUUUAUGGUGCUGGGAAGUGAUAAUACUUUAAUGAAUGAAGCUUGUGGGAUCAUCCUUGGUUUAACCCAAAGAGGGGUAACCAGUAAUAUUGGAGCAUGCAUACUUAAGGAUGGUCAGGUUAGUGGACGGCAAGUCUCUGUGUUGAAAACUCCAUCCUAUUGGCUGGAACACUUGAAAUCACAUUUGUUUUUUCGCAGUGGAGUCAAAUCUAUGAAAAAUGACAUGCAGUUCUGUGACUCGAUGGUCUUUCCUGGGCCACAUGCCUUUCUGCUUGUGCUUAGAGAUCCCCAAAACUCAAGGAAAGAGCAUUACCUUUUACGAGCCCUCAGUCAGGUGUUUGGAAAGGAGGCUAUUGACUACUGUAUGGUCUUAUUUAUGCGUGAACACAGGGAGAGAGAUAUAGAGAGGAACCAAUGUGUCAAAAACUGCAGGCAAAGAUACCACGUUUUAAAAAACACGGAGGAGAGUAUUCUGAAUCUGCUGGGAGACAUUGAGACAAUGAUACAACAGAGAAAAAACGCCUAUUUCACGAAUGAUUUUGAGUUACUGGAAAAAGCUAAAACACAUUUUCAGAUGGAAUUUGAUGCAGAGUACGCGGACAGGGAAAGCAUGUUGAGAAGAGAAUUGGAAAACACUGUGGAAGAUCUCAAAAAAGAAAUAACAGAAUUAGAAAAAUGCAAUAGAUUGAAAGUUCGAGAACUGAAAGAUGAACUAAAUAAAGAGUUGGAUGCUUCCAGAGACAGAGAGAAUCGGCUGAGACACGAGUUGGAUGCUUCCAGAGACAGAGAGAAUCGGCUGAGACACGAGUUGGAUGCUUCCAGAGACAGAGAGAAUCAGCUAAAGCUCGAUUUUAAGAAACUUCAGAGAGAAAUACAGCAGCUCAAAGCCACUGAGAAAGAGCUAGAAAAUAAUCUGAGAGAAGCAAAAGAUAAAGAAGCAUUGCUGCUCACGAAACUACAGUUAGAAUGCAGCAUAAUACAACAAGAAGAAGAACUGCAAGCCAAAGAAAAGGAACUGCAUGCGAGACAGAGAGAUCUGGAGAAAAGAAAGAUGGAACUGGAGGCCCACAAGAGAGACACUCGGUCUAGUGGAUCACAACAACAUGAGCAUCAGAGCAGCACAGCAGUCACACCUGCUGAUGAAGGAGAGGCAGAUAGAGAAGAUUCACAAGCCAGUGGAUCAGAUGAGUUUGAAGGAUUGAAAGCUGUGAGACGGAACAGCAAGCAAUUAGAGCCACCAAAAAUGUCUGAAAGUGAACACAGACCACUACAUACUCUGUGAAUAGACUGUGAUUCAUUGAACUGAGUUUCCUGGACUGAAAUGAAAAUCCCAAGUACUCAAAAACGGAGUUCUGUAAGACUUGCGCUUUAGUAACAUCACACCACAUCACAAAGUAUUUGUCUCUAAAUGUCAGCCAAAGCUGAUGUUUGUACUGUAGCUGAUUUGUUUUCUGUGCUAAUAUUUGGUUGUUAUAGCUUUAUAUAGUGUUUGUAUGUAAUCUGUCAAGAAUGUUCUUUGUUUUAUUUAUUUUUUAUUUCUACAAAGAAGUCAUAUUUCUGUGAAAUAUAAUGUCAACAGUUAUGAUGAUCACAACAAUGUGCUUUACAUUAAAGCUUUUUAGAAAUCUUCCUUCUGCCAUAAAGGAAUAAUUAAGUGGUUUCCAGCAGAUUCAACACAAUAACUGAGAUUCAGUGCAUGUUUUAGAGUGGCUCCAUGCUGACUUACAGAGCAAAAUAAUCAAACCUGUAAACCUGAGCUCAUGUCUGUCUGUGUUUGUAACAGUGUCAGUGAACUGUAUGGUAAGAACAACUCAACAUGUGUGCUGAUUAUGAGGCAAAUAUACAUAUAUUUAAAUGAUGGUUAAAACAUCAAAAAUAUUUUCGAUGAAAAUAUGGGCAAUAUAGAUAUUACAUUAAAGUAGUCUUGAAAGUUGCUAUAUUGGA